UUCCGCUCAUGCGCCGCGUACAUCCGGCAGGGGACACAGAUCCGGCGGUGACGGAGCCUAACAAUUGGCUGAAAAUACCGGCAAUCAAAUUAAGCAUUCGAUAGAUUGUUUGAUGCCAUGGAAGAGAAGAAAAUGACAGAUGAGCUGAAGGAACUAAAAAUUGAAGAGGGAAAGAAGGGUGGUGCUGGGGGAGAUGAAGACAACAAAGAAAGAGGAAAGAAGAAAAAUAAGGUGGGGGAUACUCCUGGCCGAGUUGAGCUGAAUCCGCUGCCGCAGUACAUAGAGGACCGAUUGUCGAUUUACGACAAACUGAAGGAAGAACAUGAUGCAAUUAUGGCAGAAAGGGCAGCAAGGGACAGCAAGCCUAUCAAAGUCACCCUACCUGACGGAAAGACAGUGGAUGCAGAGUCAUGGAAAACAACUCCUUACCAGUUAGCCUGUGGAAUCAGUCAAGGCCUUGCAGACAACACAGUGGUUGCAAAAGUGAACAAUACAGUGUGGGACCUAGAUCGGCCACUGGAGGAAGAUUGUAGCCUUCAGUUGCUCAAGUUUGAUGAUGACGAGGCUCAAGCUGUUUACUGGCACUCCAGUGCCCACAUCUUGGGUGAAGCAAUGGAGAGGGUAUAUGGUGGAUGUCUGUGUUAUGGUCCCCCGAUAGAGAAUGGCUUUUACUAUGACAUGUUUUUGGACAAUGAGGGGGUGUCAAGUAAUGAUUUUCCAUGUCUGGAGAACUUGUGCAAGAAGAUCAUGAAGGAGAAGCAGCCCUUUGAGAGACUAGAAAUAAAGAAGGAAACACUCUUGGAAAUGUUUAAGUACAACAAAUUUAAAUGCAGGAUAUUGAAUGAGAAAGUUGACACACCAACAACUACUGUUUACAGAUGUGGUCCAUUAAUUGAUCUUUGUAGAGGACCCCAUGUAAGGCACACUGGGAAGAUCAAAGCCUUGAAAAUCCACAAGAAUUCCUCCACAUACUGGGAAGGAAAGGCAGACAUGGAGACUCUUCAGAGGAUCUAUGGGAUUUCUUUCCCGGAUUCCAAGAUGUUGAAAGAUUGGGAGAAAUUCCAGGAGGAAGCCAAGAACCGGGAUCAUCGCAAACUGGGACGGGAACAAGACCUGUUCUUCUUCCAUGACUUGAGUCCUGGGAGCUGUUUCUUUCUGCCAAAGGGAGCUUACAUCUAUAACACCCUCAUUGGGUUUAUCAGAAGUGAAUAUAAGAAGAGGGGCUUCCAGGAGGUGGUGUCCCCAAACAUCUACAACAGCAAGCUCUGGCAGACCUCUGGCCAUUGGCAACACUACAGUGAAAACAUGUUCUCUUUUGAGGUGGAGAAGGAGAUAUUUGCUCUCAAACCCAUGAACUGCCCAGGACACUGCCUGAUGUUUGACCAUCGGCCUCGCUCCUGGCGUGAGCUGCCCCUGCGCCUAGCUGACUUCGGUGUCCUACACCGCAACGAGUUGUCAGGAGCACUGACAGGCCUCACCCGCGUGCGCCGCUUCCAGCAGGAUGAUGCCCAUAUCUUUUGUUCCAUGGAUCAGAUUGAGUCCGAGAUAAAGGGCUGCCUUGACUUCUUGCGCACAGUCUACGAUGUUUUUGGAUUCACCUUCAAGCUCAACCUCUCCACCAGGCCUGAAAAGUUCCUGGGGGAAAUUGAUGUGUGGGAUCAGGCAGAAAAGCAACUGGAGAACAGCCUCAAUGAAUUUGGGGAAAAGUGGGUCCUGAAUCCAGGGGAUGGAGCAUUUUAUGGGCCAAAGAUUGACAUUGAAAUCAAGGAUGCAAUUGGCAGAUACCACCAGUGUGCCACAAUCCAGUUGGACUUUCAGCUUCCAAUUCGUUUCAACCUUUCCUUUGUGAGCCAAGAUGGAGAUGACAAAAAGAGACCAGUGAUUAUCCACCGGGCCAUCCUGGGCUCUGUGGAGCGAAUGAUUGCCAUUCUUACAGAAAAUUAUGGUGGCAAAUGGCCUUUGUGGCUCUCUCCACGCCAAGUGAUGGUUGUACCGGUUGGACCUACCUGUGAAGAGUAUGCUCAGAGGGUACAACAGGAGUUUCACAAUGCUGGACUAAUGGCUGAUGUUGACUUGGAUCAAGGUUGUACUCUCAAUAAAAAAAUCAGGAAUGCUCAGCUGGCACAGUACAACUUUAUUCUUGUGGUGGGAGAGAAGGAAAAGAGCAGUGACACUGUCAACGUGCGCACUCGGGACAACAAGGUCCACGGGGAGCGGAGCUUAAAGGCCUGCCUGGAACGCUUGCAAGACUUAAAGGCAUCACGCACUCUGAAUGCGGAGGAGGAAUUCUGAGAUAUUGUCAAGCCAUAUUUUGCAACCAUCCAGUUGUUCAGAAAAAAAUGGGAAAUGUAAAAUCUGCCACUUAUUUUCUUACUUGAACGAUUUGAUUUGUUAGGCAUUUGAAACCAAUCCAUUUGACUGCUUUUAAAACUGAUGUUUACUUAAGGGAAAUGUGACAGUCACAACUUAUGUGGGUCUAAUUAUUUUAAUGUUCCUUUUUGAAAUUCUGGAUGUUGAUUGCGAGGGCUUUCUCUUAAUUAUAAAAUAAACAUUUGCAGGUC